AUGGCAAAGGUCAACCAGGGGCUUGAGCAAGCACAUGGGACUGGUUAUGGUGGGAGUGGGUUUAAAUUCAAUGAAGAGGAGGAUAAAGUUAGGAGAGCUGUAAAGGAAUAUGGAUUUGAGGAGGAUAAAUCUGAUUCAGAAGAUGAAGAUGAAGGAAUCAGAAAGGCUGGUGGUGAAAUUUCUCACCAAGCAGUCAUUGCUCAGGCUGCUGCUUUAGCUGCUGCCUCCAAAGUGAGUGCAGCAUCGACACCAAUCUUAGCUGCUCAGCUUAUUCCCAAUGGAAUAACUGCAGCUGUCCCAGGGACUGGACUGCCAGUUGUAAUUGUAAUUACUCACGCUAAUGUUAGGCUGGAGUCUUGUAUCUCUCUCUAUCUCUCUCAUCACACCACCUGCAAAUGUUACUACUACUGUAGUGUAGCUGUGAGAGAUUCUCCUUCUCUCUCUGAUUGGUUAUCUGUAACAAUCAUUAUGGAUAUCAAUCUUUUCUGGGCUGCUGAAACGACAGCAUCUGAAGUCUUAAACAGUCUACCGGAGGCCUUUCGAGGAGUGCCCAUAUUGGAAUUAGCCACAGUUUGCAUAAACUUGACACUUUUUCUUGGUUUCUUGUUACUUGUCUCUGCAAGGCACGUUUUGGCGUGUUUCGACCGGGUUGAAGUUCGAAAAGAGGACUCAAAUGAGAAUACAGUGGCCUUAAGGCACAGAGGAGCUGUUGAAGAUGAAGAAAUUCAAAGUGUUGUGAUUGGUAAAGACUAUAAAGCUUCAGUAUUUUGUUGCGCUUAUGUUUUGUUUGUGCAAGUUAUGGUAUUGGGGUUUGAUGGUGUUGGUUUAGUGAGGGGGGCUGCAAAGGGAAACGGUAAUACUUCAGAUUGGACAAUUAUAUUACUUCCUGCAUCUCAGUGUUUAACUUGGUUUGCCCUCAGCUUUUCAGCGCUGUAUUGCAAAUACAAGGCUGCUGAGAAAUUCCCAUUAUUGUUGAGAAUUUGGUGGAUUGUUUCCUUUAUAAUCUGUCUGUGUACUUUGUAUGCUGAUGGUAAAGGAUUUCUGAUAGAAGGGUCAAGCCAUUUCAGUUCUCAUGUUUUGGCAAAUUUUGCUGUUACUCCUGCUCUUGCUUUUCUAUGUUUUGUUGCAAUUAGGAGUGGUACUGGAAUUCAAGUGUGUAGAAACUCUAACCUUCAAGAGCCACUGCUUCUCGAAGAAGCAGGGUGUCUUAAUGUUACCCCUUAUAGUGAAGCUGGCCUUUUUAGUUUGGCCACUCUUUCCUGGUUGAAUUCACUUCUUUCCAUAGGGGCAAAGAGACCGCUUGAGCUUAAGGAUAUUCCAUUACUUGCACCAAAAGAUCGUUGCAAGACGAAUUAUAAGAUAUUGAACUUGAAUUGGGAGAAGUUGAAGUUGGAGAAUCCUUGUAAGCAGCCUUCUUUAGCUUGGGCAAUUCUCAAAUCUUUCUGGAAGGAGGCUGCUUGUAAUGCAGUAUUUGCAGGAGUAAACACUUUAGUUUCAUAUGUGGGUCCUUAUAUGAUUAGCUACUUUGUGGAUUACUUGGGAGGGAAGGAGACUUUCCCGCAUGAGGGCUACAUUCUUGCAGGAAUUUUCUUCUCUGCAAAAUUAAUAGAGACCUUAACAACCCGGCAAUGGUAUCUUGGAGUCGACAUUUUGGGAAUGCAUGUUAGAUCAGCUCUCACAGCAAUGGUAUAUCAGAAAGGACUUAGGCUUUCAAGUUCAGCCAGGCAGAGUCACACAAGUGGGGAGAUCGUUAACUACAUGGCAGUUGAUGUGCAAAGAGUCGGGGACUAUUCUUGGUAUCUACAUGACAUAUGGAUGCUUCCUCUUCAAAUUGUCCUUGCCCUUGCUAUUCUAUAUAAGAAUGUCGGGAUUGCAUCUGCUGCCACAUUGGUUGCCACUAUUAUAUCCAUUGUUGCAACUGUUCCAUUGGCAAGGGUUCAAGAAGAUUACCAAGACAAGUUAAUGUCUGCCAAGGAUGAAAGGAUGAGGAAGACUUCUGAAUGCCUUAGGAAUAUGAGGAUUCUCAAGUUGCAAGCAUGGGAGGAAAGAUACAGAGCUUUGCUCGAAGAUAUGCGAAGUGUGGAAUUCAAGUAUCUCCGGAAAGCUCUUUACUCACAGGCUUUCAUCACAUUUAUUUUCUGGAGCUCCCCUAUAUUUGUUUCAGCUGUCACUUUCGGCACUUGCAUUUUGUUAGGUGGUCAGCUUACUGCAGGAAGCGUUCUUUCUGCUCUGGCUACUUUUCGGAUCCUGCAAGAACCACUUAGGAAUUUCCCUGACUUGGUUUCAAUGAUGGCUCAGACCAAAGUCUCCCUUGAUCGAAUUUCUGGAUUCCUGCAGGAGGAAGAGCUGCCAGAAGAUGCAACCAUCGUUUUGCCACGAGGUGUUACAAAUGUGGCCAUAGAAAUCAAAGAUGGCGAGUUCUCUUGGGAUCCAUCUUCUCCAACCCCAACCCUGUCAGGAAUUCAAAUUAGGUUGGAGAAGGGUAUGCGUGUGGCUGUCUGUGGUGUGGUGGGUUCUGGAAAAUCCAGUUUACUUUCCUGCAUCCUCGGUGAGAUACCGAAAGUCUCCGGCGAGGUUAAAAUUUGCGGUUCUGCAGCUUAUGUCUCUCAGUCAGCUUGGAUACAAUCAGGAAAUAUAGAGGAAAAUAUUCUCUUUGGGUAUCCGAUGGAUAAGGCAAAAUACAAGAGUGUUCUUCAUGCCUGUUCACUGAAGAAAGAUCUGGAGCUUUUCUCGCAUGGUGAUCAGACCAUUAUUGGCGAUAGAGGCAUAAACCUUAGCGGUGGUCAGAAGCAACGAGUGCAACUUGCUAGAGCACUAUAUCAAGACGCAGACGUCUAUUUACUUGACGAUCCGUUCAGCGCUGUUGAUGCUCACACUGGUUCAGAGUUAUUUAAGGAAUACAUAUUGACAGCACUAGCGACAAAGACUGUGGUAUUCGUAACACAUCAAGUUGAAUUUUUGCCUGCUGUUGAUUUGAUUUUGGUUUUGAAGGAAGGCCGUGUUAUUCAGGCUGGGAAAUAUGAUGAGCUUUUGCAAGCAGGAACAGAUUUUAACACAUUGGUCUGUGCUCAUCAUGAAGCCAUUGAAGCUAUGGAUAUUUCCAACCAAGCUUCUGAAGAAUCAGAUGAAAAUAAUCCUCUUGAUAGGUCCAGUCUCAUGAGAAAAAAGUGUGAUCCAGUUGCUACUAAUACGGAUGGCAUGUCAAAGGAAGUUGAAGAAGGUACAUCGGCAUCAGACAAGAAAGCAAUUAAGGAGAAAAAGAAAGCCAAACGUUCUAGGAGAAAACAACUUGUGCAGGAAGAGGAACGGGAACGAGGAAGAGUCAGCAUGAAAGUGUAUUUAUCAUACAUGGCAGCUGCAUACAAAGGGAUGUUGAUUCCACUUAUUAUUAUUGCACAAACACUAUUUCAGGUCCUUCAAAUAGCUAGUAAUUGGUGGAUGGCUUGGGCAAAUCCGCAAACCACGGGGGACAAACCAAAAACCAGUAGUGUGGUGCUUAUUGGUGUGUACAUGGCACUUGCUUUUGGGAGCUCCUGGUUCAUAUUUGUUAGGGCUGUUCUAGUUGCUACAUUUGGUCUUGCAGCAGCACAGAAGUUGUUCUUGAAAAUGCUCAGAACAGUGUUUCGGGCACCAAUGUCUUUCUUUGACUCUACCCCAGCUGGACGAAUAUUAAAUCGUGUGUCGAUUGAUCAAAGUGUUGUUGAUCUUGAUAUUCCAUUCAGACUUGGUGGCUUUGCUUCAACAACAAUCCAGCUUCUUGGUAUUGUUGGUGUAAUGACAAAAGUUACCUGGCAAAUUUUGCUACUCGUUGUUCCAAUGGCAAUUGCCUGCCUAUGGAUGCAGAAAUACUAUAUGGCUUCGUCAAGGGAACUGGUUCGCAUUGUUAGCAUCCAAAAAUCUCCAAUAAUUCAUCUUUUUGCUGAGUCAAUUGCUGGAGCAGCUACAAUAAGAGGGUUUGGACAAGAAAAGAGGUUCAUGAAGAGGAAUAUCUAUCUUCUUGAUUGCUUUGCUCGGCCUUUCUUCUGCAGUCUUGCAGCUAUUGAAUGGCUCUGCCUGCGUAUGGAACUGAUCUCAACAUUUGUUUUUGCUUUCUGCAUGGUUUUACUUGUGAGCUUCCCACAUGGAAGUAUAGAUCCAAGUAUGGCAGGACUUGCUGUGACAUAUGGUCUUAAUAUGAAUGCACGUCUAUCACGAUGGAUACUUAGCUUUUGCAAGCUUGAGAACAAAAUUAUCUCUGUAGAAAGGAUUCAUCAAUACUGCCAUAUACCUAGUGAAGCUCCAGCAGUUAUUGAAGAUUUUCAUCCCCCAUCCUCUUGGCCAGAAAAUGGAACAAUUGAAAUAAUCGAUUUAAAGGUUCGUUACAAGGAAAGCCUUCCUGUUGUGCUCCAUGGUGUAUCCUGCACUUUCCCUGGUGGGAAGAAAAUUGGAAUUGUUGGGCGUACUGGUAGUGGUAAAUCCACUUUGAUUCAGGCCCUGUUUCGAUUGAUUGAACCAGCAGGUGGCAGAAUAAUAAUAGACAACAUUGAUAUCUCAAUGGUGGGCCUUCAUGACCUUCGCAGCCGGUUGAGUAUCAUACCCCAGGAUCCAACAUUGUUUGAAGGAACAAUUAGAGGAAACUUAGACCCACUCGAAGAGCAUUCAGAUCAAGAAAUUUGGCAGGCACUUGAUAAGUCUCAGCUGGGUGAGAUAGUUCGCCAAAAAGAGCAAAAACUUGAUACACCUGUACUUGAAAAUGGAGAUAAUUGGAGUGUGGGCCAGCGACAGCUAGUAUCUCUUGGUCGGGCUUUACUUAAGCAGGCAAGAAUUUUGGUGCUUGAUGAAGCUACAGCCUCAGUUGAUUCAGCCACAGAUAACCUUAUCCAAAAGAUUAUUAGGACAGAAUUUAAGGAUUGCACUGUUUGUACGAUUGCUCAUCGAAUUCCUACUGUUAUUGAUAGCGAUCUGGUUCUGGUCCUUAGUGACGGUCGAGUUUCAGAGUUUGACACUCCGGCAAGAUUAUUAGAUGACAAAUCUUCCAUGUUUCUUAAGCUAGUAACUGAAUACUCCUCGAGAUCAAGUGGAAUACCGGAUUUUUGA